CGGAGGUCGAGCUGUACCGGAGUGUCUCAGCCAGACCCCGCGUAGUGUUACUGUUACAGCAUAUGCCUUGAAGUGAUGAGGCGGUUUUUGUUACUGUAUGCUACACAGCGAGGACAGGCAAAGGCCAUAGCAGAAGAAAUAUGUGAACAAGCUGUGGAACAUGGAUUUUCUGCAGAUCUUCACUGUGUUAGUGAGUCGGAUAAGAUUCAUGGAGGUCUGGGUGAUUCAGAAUACACGUACUUUUGCAAUGGGGGAAAAGUAAUUGAUAAACGACUUCAAGAGCUUGGAGCCCGACAUUUCUAUGACACUGGACAUGCAGAUGACUGUGUAGGUUUAGAACUCGUGGUUGAGCCGUGGAUUGCUGGACUCUGGGCUGCCCUCACAGAGCAUUUUCGGUCAAGCAGAGGACAAGAGGAGAUAAGUAGAGCUCUCCCAAGGGCAUCCAAUGCCGCCCUGAGGACAGACCCAGUGAAACCGGAGUUACUACACCUUGAAUCACAAGUCGAGCUUCUGAGACUGGAUGAUUCAGGAAGAAAGGAUUCUGAGGUUUUGCAACAAAAUGCAGUGAACAGUGGUCAGUCAAGUGCUUUAAUUGAAGAUUUUGAAGCCUCACUUAUCCGUUCAGUACCCCCACUCUCACAGGCCUCUCUAAAUAUUCCUGCUUUGCCGCCGGAUUACUUGCAGGUGCAUCUCCAGGAGUCUCUUGGCCAGGAGAAAAGCCAAGCAUCUGUGACUUCAGUGGAUCCAAUUUUUCAAGUUCCGAUCUCAAAGGCAGUUCAACUUUUAGAACUCGUGGUUGAGCCGUGGAUUGCUGGACUCUGGGCUGCCCUCACAGAGCAUUUUCGGUCAAGCAGAGGACAAGAGGAGAUAAGUAGAGCUCUCCCAAGGGCAUCCAAUGCCGCCCUGAGGACAGACCCAGUGAAACCGGAGUUACUACACCUUGAAUCACAAGUCGAGCUUCUGAGACUGGAUGAUUCAGGAAGAAAGGAUUCUGAGGUUUUGCAACAAAAUGCAGUGAACAGUGGUCAGUCAAGUGCUUUAAUUGAAGAUUUUGAAGCCUCACUUAUCCGUUCAGUACCCCCACUCUCACAGGCCUCUCUAAAUAUUCCUGCUUUGCCGCCGGAUUACUUGCAGGUGCAUCUCCAGGAGUCUCUUGGCCAGAAAACAGAUUUUUCCUAUCAGCCUGGAGAUGCCUUCAGUGUUAUCUGUCCUAACAGUGAUUCUGAGGUACAAAAUCUACUCGAAAGACUGCAGCUUGCCGAUAAAAGAGAGUGCUGUGUCCUCUUGAAAAUUAAGGCAGACACAAAGAAGAAAGGAGCUUCCUUACCGCAACAUAUACCUGAGGGAUGUUCUCUCCAAUUCGUUCUUACCUGGUGUCUUGAAAUACGAGCAGUUCCUAAAAAGCUACACAUUGCUACUUUAUCUCGAAUUGAUGACAAGAAGCUCAUGAGAGUUUGGUUUUCUUUCAUACUUACCACGAUUGGUUUAACAUUCCAGAUAUCCAUCUCUCCUCGGACAACAAAUUCCUUCCACUUACCAAAUGACCCCUCAGCUCCCAUCAUCAUGGUGGGUCCAGGAACUGGCAUAGCACCCUUCAUUGGUUUCCUACAGCAUAGAGAGAAACUCCAAGAACAUCACCCAGAUGGAAAUUUUGGAGCAAUGUGGUUGUUUUUUGGCUGCAGACAUAAGGAUAGAGAUUAUCUAUUCAGGCCUAGAAGCUUUGGUAAAAAUUCCUACUCCAUAAGCGAUGAUGCUAUUAUUUUCUUUUCUAGAGAUGCUAAGAAUAUGGCCAAGGAUGUAAAUGAUGCCCUUGUGGAAAUAAUAAGCAGAGAGGCUGGAGUUGAAAAACUAGAAGCAAUGAAAACAUUGGCUACUUUAAAAGAAGAAAAACGGUAUCUUCAGGAUAUUUGGUCAUAAAACCAGAAAUUGAAGAGAAUUAAGCUUUUGUGGCUGAAAAUACUAAAAGACAAUUUCACUGAAGCUGACACUUGACAUUUUU